CCUCUUCUCUCUCUCUCUCUCUCUCUCUCUCUCUCUCUCUCUCUCUUUAUAUUCACAUUCACAAUUCCACAUCUCAUCUCCUUUCUGAUUGAAGACAUAUAACCUGAAUCCAAGAUAAACAAACGAGAAAUGUUAAUGAAUUCGACAGAGGAAAUGCAGGGUUCAAAGCUUGGUUUGUAUGUGAAGGCCUUGGAGGUAGAGAAGCAAAAGAUUCAAGUUUUCCAAAGAGAACUGCCUUUGUGCUUGGAGCUUGUCACUCAAGCUAUUGAGAGGUGUAAGCAGGAGAUAUCGGAUAAUAGUAUUGAGUAUAGACAUGGGCAAUCCGAGUGUUCGGAGCAGACAUCAAGUGAGGGACAUGUGUUUGAGGAGUUUAUACCAUUGAAGAGGAGUUCAUCAUCUGAUAGUGAUGAUGAGGAGCUAGAAGAGUCUGAUCAUCUCCGGAAUAAGAAUAAUGACAAGGAUAAGAGUAACAGCGGUGAUAAGAAGAAAUCUGACUGGCUUAGAUCUGUUCAGCUUUGGAAUACAACCCCAGAUGUACCCCAAAAAGAGGAAUUGCCUAGGAAGGCUUCAGUGGUGGAGGUUAAGAGAAAUGGGGGUGCUUUUCAUCCUUUCCAGAAGGAGAAAAGCAUUGGGAAUACUAAUGGGGCAGUGGCGAAAUCGCCUGCUUCGGCUCCAGCCACGAGCUCAACUGCUGAUACUGUUAGCGGUGGCAGCGGGGGUGGAAACAGCAAGAAGGAGGAUAAAGAAGGACAAAGGAAACAGAGGAGGAACUGGUCGCCGGAGUUGCAUCGCCGGUUUCUGCAUGCACUUCAACAGCUUGGAGGUUCACACACUGCUACACCUAAGCAAAUUAGGGAGCUGAUGAAGGUUGAUGGGCUAACUAAUGAUGAAGUCAAAAGCCAUUUACAGAAAUAUCGUCUACACACUCGAAGGCCAACUCCAACAAUCCAUAACAACAACAACAACAACAACAGCAAUGCACAGGCACCACAAUUUGUGGUUGUGGGAGGCAUUUGGGUGCCACCGCAAGAUUACAAUGCAGCAGUAGCUGCUGCAAACACCGCCUCAGGCGAAGCAACCAGGGUUGCUGCUGCAGCCAAUGGAAUAUAUGCACCCGUGGCUUCAGCACCUUCUGCAGUCACUCAGGUGUCCCCAUCAACGAUGCAUAGACCGCGACUGAAGAAACCAGAGCCCUCUUCCCAUUCGGAAGAAAGGGCCAGUCAUAGCAGCGAAGUUCGCGGUCACUCCAAGUCCUCGGCUACAUCACCCUCCUCCACUCACACCCCUGCCUCCCCUCCUGUGUGUUAAAAGUUUUUAGCAUGAGAAAAUGAUGUAAAAUUUUGUAACCAGCCUUGUAGAAAUUUAAGUCGUUUUGAUCAGUUUCUGACUUUUCAUCCAUUGUUUUGUUUUUCUCUCUUGUUGUGUUUCUGAAUUGCAAGAUGUAAAGGCAUUGGAUUCCGGGGAUAGUGACAGUAAAGUUUUCAAAGUUUGAAUAAAUUAUAGACAUAAUUUGGAAGCAGGUAAAAAAAAAAACAAUCUGAUGCUCGAGCACGCCAUUAAUAACAUACUGUCUGUUUGGUU